GGGCUGGCACCGGCGGCAAACUCACAUGCCUAGCAGAGGGAUAUGGGUUUGCUCAAUCAAAAUGGUCAUAGCCUUGUACAGUACUGCUAGGCAACCCACGGCGGAAAUAGAUCCAUACCUUCCAAUGCGAACACGCUACGACGGGAGUCACCAAGAAUCACUUCCGAAAGCACAAAGCCGAUGCUGCCCCUGGCCUGCUGUUACUGUAGCAUGAGAGUCCAAUACACUGAUAGAGAGACG